AUGAAGUUGCUAAGUUGUACCCCGCGUAGCACACCGAACGGGACUGCCAAAGUCACAAUCAACACAAGUACCCAAUACAAGUGCAACACAAGUGCAUCGGCAGAUCCGACGAACUCAGCUACAACCACUAAGGAACGGAACGACAACCGGAUUAAGAUUAGACCUGUAUACCGACAUUCUCAAUGGCAACCUCCUUCAAAAUUCGCAGAAGACGUCGUGACUCGGCAAUUUAAUGUUCUAGCCGACGCCCUAAAAGAUAAUGCUAGUCUGGUUGAAUCGGAAAUCUCCGCCAAGGAAAGAGAGUCGCUAUCACCUUCUUAA